UGCCAGUGCCAGAGCGUGCAGACAUUAGUAGUAGAGCCACGGUCACUCGGUGAAGCACUGGUGGGAUACUUUCUUCCAGACUCUCUAUCGUGUCUACAUAUCCUUCCUCACCACCUGCCAGCGGGUUUUCUUCUGUCGCGGUCUGACGACCAACUGACCUUGAUGAGUGGGAACAAGGACUGGACAGGGCAUGACCACUCCCACCCAUCACGCCCUGUCCAGAGGUCACCCCGCUACGAGGAUCCCUGGCAACCACGCGCCUCUCAUGCUCCUACCCUUAUUCCUUCCGCCUCCACCACCCAACAACCUGUCUCUCCAGGACUCCAGACAAGGACACCUUACUCUCUCUCUCCUGCAGUCCCCACAACCUCGCGCUCUCUCUCUCCUCGUUCACCAGCCGGUACUUCUCAUGCAAGCUUUUCCCCCCGAUCUCCAGACAAACCUCGUUCCCUUUCUCCUCAACUUCGCUCACAAUUGCCAUCAGGAAGCGUCUUCUUUAAUACUAUUAAAUCCUCCAGAGACAGAAAUAAACUUUUAGCAGAAACUAAUGUCCGUAGAAAUCCUCCAGAAGGCAAGUUGGACCUUGGCAAUGUUGUAUUGUAUCUCCAAGGAUCUGUGGAUGCCGAAGAUAGCACUCUAGACCCCCAGGUGGUUCAAAGACAUUGGCGGCAAAAACAACUAAGACGACAAGAAGCGCAAAAACAACAGGAAGAGCAGGAAAAAAGUAUAAAAGAACGAAGACAACAGAAACAACAAGAACAACAAAGAAUACACCACCACCAAAAUGAGAUUCAGCAACAACUACAACACAUACAAAACCAACACUGGCAACAACAAAAGAAUCUUCACAAGCAACAACAAAUGCAAGCAUCUGUCCUUAAGAAACAACAAGACAAUUUUCUCAGAGCACAACGACAACCAAUCAACCAAAAGCUUCUCUACCAGCAGCAGGCUGUGAAGCAACAGCUGCUUCAGCAACACCAUGUCCAGCAGCAGCAACUUCUGUACUACCAAGGGCAGCAGGCCCACUCACUGCAACAACAGCUUUAUCAAGUUCAACAGCAACUCGUCACCUUGCAGCAACAGGAGCUACAGCUACAAGAGGAAGAGCAACAACUUCAAGAACAAAUAAGACAAGAAAAAUUAAGGCAGGAGGAAGAAGAGCAUCUAGAGGAAGAGAGGAAGGAGAAGCUACGAAUAGAACAAGAACUUAAAAAAAAUUAUUUACAAAAAGAAAACAAUAACACACACCAUUUUAGUAAUAUUAACCAGCUCCUCAAUCAUGCACUGCACUCUACUGACCAGGAAGGUGAAACAACACAAAAGAUGCAUGCUGAGUAUUUAGAACAUGAGGACGGGGAGGAGAAAGAAGAGAAACAUGAAAAAAUUAAAGAGAAUGAAGGUAGGAAAAAUCAAAACAAUGAAAUAACAUUUAAGUCUUCAUCACCCUCACAUUUAAGACCUCAAGAAAAUGAAAAUCUAGAAACACGUGUGAGCAGAGUUCGAUCUUUCAGCUCCAGCAGCAUUGCAGCUGCAGACAUCAGUGAUAAAUCUGCACACACUAGACUCCGGCGGAAAUCUCUUGGACUUAGCAAGGGUCCAUCUGGACUUAAUCAUGGGCCUUCCCAGUUACACCUUGGACCAGCAGGUCAUGAGAAAGGUCCAGGAAAUCUGAGUAAAGGUCCUGCCUUAUUAAAUAAAGGGCCUAAACAUUUGAGCAAGGGACCACUAGAAGUGCACAAGGGUCCAAGCUGCAUGAGUAGAGGUCCUGCCGAUAUCAACCAAGGACCAUCUGAGAACACGUCAGGCCCUUCAGGGUUAGAUAAGGGACCUAGCAACCUUAAUAAAGGUCCAUUAAUGAGUACUAUCCAUCCUAGUUCCUAUAAAGGGCCUUCUUCAUUAGCAAAGGGACCAGCCAAUAAAAUAAUAGGUUCAGCAAGUUCAAGAGUACCUGCAGAACAUGUUAACUAAGUGCUGUUGCAGCAGGUGGAUUAGCAAUACACUCCAACGUCUUCCGAGUGCCUACACACAAACGUAAAGACUGGAGUGGUUUAGAAAUGUAAAUCACAUUUGGCUGCCUGUUCUGUUCAUAUAAUGCAAUAUUUACUAAUUACACAUUUCAUGUUUAAAUAUAAUCAGGACUGAUUGUACAAGUUUCCUGCACUGUGGUGUGGUAACAUUCUACCAUUAAAAUGUUGGGUGAGAACUAGUUAGCACAACUCAUAAUAUAUAUUUCAUUAGUCUUUCCAAUCAAAUAAUAUUGAUAAAUGUUUGACAUAAUACUUGUUUUCACUAGCAACUCAGUGAAGUAUGAAACCUGAGUAUAUCUGUGUCAACUGUUGGAUGGACUGUGAACAUCAUUAUGAUAAGACUGUUCAGUGCCUCAAAUCUUAACCAUC